AUGGGUCAGCACAUCGAAUCUAUCUCCAGCCUGCGCCGGCUCUUCGGGGCUUUGUUCCUCGGAGCCGGCCUUGCCACCGGCGCAGUUGCCUCCGUAGUGCCUGCGGCUGAAAUGGCUCACACCCAUGACCACAAUCACAUACACACCCGUACCUUGCCUGGAGAUCACGGUCCCGGAGCAACUGCGCCGGUACGCCCAUUUCGGCUUGACCAAGUUCGCCUAGGAGACGGCCUUUUGCAGGAGAAGCGAGACAGGAUCAAGACCUUCCUGAGGGAAUAUGACGAGCGUCGCUUCCUGAUUCUCUUCAACAACCAGGCGGGGAGGCCGAACCCAGCUGGCCUUCCAGUGCCCGGCGGUUGGGAAGAUGGGGGCUUGCUGAGCGGACAUUGGGCAGGUCACUUCAUGACAGCACUGUCGCAGGCUUUUGCAGACCAGGGCGAGGAGGGCUACAAAGCUAAGCUCGACUGGAUGGUGAAGGAGCUGGCGGCCUGUCAAGAUGCCAUAUCUGCUCGGAUGGAUGAAGGAGACGGAGGAGGUGGCCAGCCAGAGCCGAACCCCGAGAUCGUUGGGCGUGUUCAGGGGAAAUUUGGCAAGGCCCUUCGUCUCGGCGAUACUAGACAGGCAGGAUACGUAACCCUUCCGCAGGAGACGAUAAACCAGCUUAGAGACUUCACCAUCGCAACAUGGGUGAACCUCCCGUUGGCUCAAGGUUGGAGUCGUUUGUUUGACUUUGGCCAUGACUCCACGAUCAACAUGUUCCUCACGCCUUAUGCUGGUGAUUCAAGUAGCGGGCCACGCUUUGCCAUCACAACGGGUGGCUCUGGGCAAGAGCAGCGGAUCAAUGGAAAUUCAACAAUCCCCACGGGCGAGUGGGUGCAUAUCGCAGUCACCCAGACCGGUAACACGGGUACGCUCUAUGUCAACGGGGAUGUGUCUGGUACCAAUACCGCCAUGACACUUGGACCAGUGAAUUUAGACAACCCUGGAAAUCGCUGGAUUGGCCGCUCUCAAUACGGCGACCCAUUGCUCAACGCCACCCUCGACGAGUUCCAUAUCUUCAGCCGCGCCCUCGAUGCCGCCGAAGUACAAUCUCUGCUCACCUCUACGGCAGGCUCGACGGGCGGGGGUAAUAUCGCAUGGUACAAAUUUGACGAGGAAGAAGGCGGUUCUGCAAUCACGGACUCCUCACCAAAUGCCCGAGAUGCUGGGAUUGUUGGAUCAGAAGACGACGGGUCUGGUGACGACAACUGGAUCCCAACGCACCGUGGCUAUCUCGGUGCACUUCCAGAAGACACUGUCCUGCGUCUUGGCCCGCCGCGCUGGGCUGUGUAUGGAGGCAAUCAGCAGACCAAUACCUGGGCUCCGUGGUAUACUCAACACAAGAUCAUGCGUGGACUGCUGGAUGCCUACUACAACACCAACAACUCUCAGGCCCUGGACGUUGCAACGCGCAUGGCAGAUUGGGCGCAUCUUGCACUCACCAUUGGUGACAAGAACCAUCCCGACUACAAGGGUAAUCUCACCCGAGACGACCUGAAUUAUAUGUGGGAUCUGUACAUUGCUGGGGAAUUCGGCGGUGCAAACGAAGUAUUUCCAGAGAUAUAUCAGUUGACGGGCGACCCCAAGCAUCUAGAGACUGCCAAGGCUUUUGACAACCGCGAGUCGCUCUUUGAUGCUGCCGUCAGUGAUCGUGACAUCUUGGUCGUGAGGCCACAAGACAAACCAGGUCGGAGGAGGCCCGAAAGACUCCAUGCCAAUACCCAUGUGCCACAGUUCAUCGGCUAUAUGCGCAUCUUUGAACAGGGUGGAGGCCAAGAGUACUUUGAUGCAGCCAAGAACUUUUACGGCUGGGUCGUCCCGCAUCGAGAAUUUGCCAGCGGCGGCACCGGCGGGAACUAUCCCGGAUCCAACGACAACCCUGAGAUGUUCCAAAAUAGAGGCAACAUCGCAAACGCCAUGGCCAGCAACGGGGCGGAGACGUGCACCGCGUACAACAUGCUCAAGCUCGCGAGAAAUCUAUUUCUUCACGAGCACAACGCCACCUACAUGGACACAUAUGAGAGAGGCCUAUUCAACAUGAUACCUGGGUCCAGAGCCGACACCGCAGGUAGUGUCGGCGACCCCCAGUUGACCUACUUCCAGCCCCUGACACCGGGUUCGAACCGUGAUUAUGGAAACACAGGCACCUGCUGUGGAGGAACGGGUUUGGAAAGCCAUACCAAAUAUCAGGAGACGGUUUACCUUCGGUCGGCCGAUGGAUCAGCUCUAUGGGUCAACUUGUAUGUUCCAAGCACGCUCACCUGGGAAGAGAAGGGGAUCAUGGUGAAGCAAGAGACUGCAUUUCCCAGGGGCGACACGGUAAAAUUCACUGUGACAACCACUGGCGAGCAAGGGCCUCUUGACAUCAAACUGCGCGUCCCAGCUUGGGUCCAGAAAACACCCAGCGGCUUCAACAUCACCAUCAACGGGGAGCAGCUUCAGUCUGAGGAAAAGCCCACUCCAGGUAGCUAUAUGACGGUGAGUCGCACCUGGGCCUCUGGCGACGUUGUCGAGAUCAAAAUGCCGUUUGCGGUGCGCAUCGAACGUGCUCUCGACCGGCCAGACACGCAGGCAAUCAUGUGGGGGCCGGUCCUGCUGCAGGUCCUGGGCACGCCACCCGGCGGCAGGGGCAGCUUCUGGGAGCUGUCCCUGUACAACCACCUCAAGCUGGACGGGGACUACGUCAAGGGCGGCGCCGUCGCCAGGACGGGCACCGCAGCCAACGGAGACCCGCUCUUCACGAUCGCAACCAACGCGAGCAGCCUCCCGGCGCGGCCGUACUACGUCGGCGACACGGCGCCUGCGUCCAGCUACUUUCGACGAGUGGAGCCGGUAGUAGUGUUUGGCGGCAUCGACACGGGCGUGCAGAACCGGAAGCGCAACGACGGGCUGCCGAGUUACGACAUGCCAGUCACGGGGGUUGAGUCGCCGGGAAGCGACGGGCCGACGUUUUUGGAUGUUUUGUGGGAUAGGGCGCCUUUUGCUGACCAUGAAGUCUUUGUGCGGGCCGUCGAGGAUGUCGUCGCCGACUUUGUGGGUAAGGAUAUAUACACCAAGGAAGAAGGAGAUAUCAUCACGGGGCGCGCGAGAGAGUCGGAGCAGGAACUGUUGCCCGUAGUCUGA